UGAGAUGUAGCUGCGCUGGUUCCACCGAUGAGAUGCGCAGAGAGAGGAGGAGGAGGAGGAGAGGAAAUAAAGAUUAAUCUGUACUGGGGUGACACGGUGGUGAAGCGGGGGAACAGCAGGUGAGGCCGGUGGCUGUGAGUGAGGUUCGGACCUCCACCAGCAGGAGCUGUCUGCCUCCACAUCCGUCCGGACUCGUGGUGGUUUCAGCACCGGACAGCGGCCCGCAUUCCUGAGCCGCUCCUGGUGAUGCGCUUAGAUGUCUCCACAUCAACAAGCACCAACAAACUAGUCCUUAACUGAGACCAGACCAGCACCACAUCCCCCCCAACCUCCUUCUGCUCUCCAUAGGCUGAGUCCCCCUCGACCAAAGGCAUCAUGGGAAACCGGGGCAUGGAGGACUUGAUCCCGCUGGUCAACCGGCUGCAGGACGCCUUCAGCUCCAUCGGACAGGCCUGCAACCUGGACCUGCCACAGAUCGCUGUGGUCGGAGGUCAGAGCGCGGGGAAGAGCUCCGUGCUGGAGAACUUUGUUGGCAGAGACUUCCUGCCUCGUGGAUCUGGGAUUGUCACCCGCAGGCCCCUGGUUCUGCAGCUGAUCAGUUCAAAUGCUGAGUGGGCUGAGUUUCUUCACUGCAAGGGCAAAAAGUUCACCGACUUUGAUGAGGUUCGUCAGGAGAUCGAGUCAGAGACAGAUCGGGUCACAGGGGCCAACAAAGGAAUAUCUCCAGUCCCCAUCAACCUGCGGGUUUAUUCCCCUCAUGUGCUGAAUCUGACUCUCAUCGACCUGCCUGGGAUCACCAAGGUGCCGGUUGGAGACCAGCCUGCAGACAUUGAGCAACAGAUCAGAGAGAUGAUCAUGCAGUUCAUCAGCAGGGAAAGCUGCUUGAUCCUGGCUGUCACCCCAGCCAACACUGACCUGGCCAACUCUGAUGCCCUGAAGCUGUCCAAGGAGGUUGACUCCCAGGGUCUGAGGACUAUUGGAGUGAUCACCAAACUGGAUCUGAUGGAUGAGGGGACAGAUGCCCGAGAUAUUUUGGAGAACAAGCUGCUGCCUCUUCGAAGAGGGUACAUCGGCGUGGUGAAUCGCAGUCAGAAGGACAUUGAUGGAAAGAAAGACAUCAAGGCGGCUUUAGAAGCUGAGAGGAAGUUCUUCCUGACCCAUCCUGCGUACAGACACAUGGCUGAGAAAAUGGGCACCCCUCGUCUGCAGCAGGUGCUCAACCAGCAACUCACCAACCACAUCCGGGACACCCUGCCAGCGUUCCGCAGCAAGCUGCAGGCCCAGCUGCUGGCUCUGGACAAGGAGGCCGAAGAGUACCGGGGAUACCGGCCCGAUGACCCGUCUCGCAAAACCAAGCAGCUGUUGCAAAUGGUGCAGCAGUUCUCUGUGGACUUUGAGAAAAGGAUCGAGGGCUCCGGGGACCAGGUGGACACAGUGGAGCUGUCAGGUGGAGCUAAAAUAAAUCGCAUCUUUCACGAGCGCUUCCCCUUUGAGCUGGUCAAGAUGGAGUGUGAUGAGAAGGAGAUGCGACGUGAGAUCAGUUACGCCAUUAAGAACAUCCAUGGUAUCAGAACUGGACUUUUUACCCCAGAUAUGGCGUUUGAGGCCAUUGUGAAGAAGCAGGUUGUGAAGCUGAAGGAGCCUUGCGUUAAAUGUGUGGACAUGGUCAUCCAGGAGCUGAUCAACACUGUCCGCCAGUGCUCCAACAAGUUGGAGUGCUUCCCGAGGCUGCGCGAAGAAACAGAGCGAAUUGUGACGUCUCACAUCCGAGACAGAGAGAGUCGGGCCAAAGACCAGGUUCUGCUGCUGAUCGAUCUGCAGCUCUCUUACAUAAACACCAACCACGAGGACUUCAUUGGCUUUGCUAACGCACAGCAGAGGAGCAGUCAGACCAACAAGAGCCAGAGUUCAGCAGGAAACCAGGUUAUCCGUAAAGGCUGGCUGACCAUCAACAACAUCAGCAUCAUGAAGGGUGGAGCAAAAGAGUAUUGGUUUGUGCUGACGGCUGAGAGCCUCUCAUGGUUUAAGGAUGACGAAGAGAAAGAGAAGAAGUACAUGCUGCCCCUGGACAACCUGAAGGUCCGCGAUGUGGAGAAGAGUUUCAUGUCCAGCAAGCACAUUUUCAGCAUCUUCAACACGGAGUCCAGGAACGUGUAUAAGGACAAUCGCACCCUAGAGCUGGCCUGUGACUCUCAAGAUGACGUGGACAGCUGGAAAUCCUCUUUGCUCCGUGCCGGGGUCUACCCUGAGAAGACUGCCACGGUUGAGAGUGAGACAACCAGCACCACAGACAACUUCUCCAUGGACCCCCAGCUGGAGCGUAAAGUUGAAACCAUCCGUAACCUUGUGGACUCGUACAUGGCCAUCGUCAACAAGUGCAUUCGGGACCUGAUCCCUAAGACCAUCAUGCAUCUAAUGAUCAAUAAUGUGAAAGACUUCAUCAAUGCAGAACUGUUGGCCUGCCUGUACUCUGCAGGGGACCAAAACGCCCUGAUGGAUGAGUCCCAGGAGCAGGCCCAGAGGAGAGAUGAGGUGCUGAGGACUCACCAGGCCUUAAAAGAAGCCCUGGCAAUAAUUGGUGACAUCUCCACUACCACUAUCACUGUCCCCCUGCCUCCACCUGUCGACACCUCCUGGGUAGGAGGGUCCAGCGGGGGUCGCAGGUCUCCUCCUCCUAGCCCCACAGCGCCCAGAAGGAUGUCUUCAGGCCAACGACCAGCUGCCCGAGGGGCUCCUCCACCACCAAACCGUCCAGGACCCUUGGGACCCUUCAAUAACAGUGCUGAGAGCCCCCAGGCUCCCAGUCGCCCAAACAGGGCCCCCCCUAGCAUCCCCAGUCGACGGCCACCACCAUCUCCAACAAGACAAGCCCCUCCAUAAUCAGCUGGAGGGGUGACCUCCUCCCUUUCAUCCACCCCCUCCCCCCUGCAGUCCACAUCCCUCCUUCCUGAAGACACGCAGGUCCUUGUCCCCCCUGUGAAUCUCAGUUUCCUGCCAGGUGAAGACGUCUAUCUCUCGUCCAGCUCUCUCUGUACAGUGUGGUACAUGUCUCGUGGUGUAUGUGUACGUGCACUCGUUGCUCGCCUGUGAUAUAGGUCUGCUUAGCAGGUUCACUACUGUAUCAGUCCCUGGAACCAUCACCACCCCGGACAAAACCCUCCACCGAGUCAGCACCACCCCCACCAGCCCCAGCUUCUACAGAAGAAUAUACUGAGCACUCAUACUGCGAACGCAGCAUGGCGCAUCGGCUGCUUUUAUUGCAUGGGAGUGUGUGUCUGUAGAGUGUGUGCCUGUGUUUGUAUGUGUAUGAAUUGGGGGGGGGGGGGGACUUAUUUGCCUAUAUGUAGGCUGAGCUCUAUUCAGUAUUGUAUUAUUUAUUGUAUAAUGCCCUCCAAGUGUUAAAUAUCAGCUCCAUG